AUGGCCGGCUCCAAAGAUGUAAUUUGUUUGUGGAUUCUGAAAAUUCGAAAAAGCUUUAUCCAAAAUCUUUCCUAAUUUGAGCUUGUUGUAAAACUUACUUUGAUAUUCUACCUAUAGUCUGUUCAGAUAUUGAAUUUCAAGUCACCGCCCUUUAUGCGUAGAUCAAACCAAUCAGAGUGCGAGACAUCCACAUAGCAUUGUUUGGGGCCGAGUUUACUGCUUGACAUUCAAAAUCUGAAUUCUGAACAGACUAUAAAUCUUGAAUUUUUUGUGAGUGAAACCACUUCCAAUACUAAUUGAGUUCCCAGGGCUUUUUUUUCUGACGACGCCCUGCCCAUCUUCUUUUCCGUAAAGUGUAGUGUUUCGUGUGCAUACACUGCGACGCCCUCGCACAUGCCGCGUUCAAAGUAGUUUUUCGCGAAAUUCGAAAUAAUCUCUGAAUUUCCGAAAUUCACGAAUAUUUUUCACUUUCUGGCGGCUAUUUUCCAUUUCGCGAAAUCAAUUUGAACAAGGCAACAGAAAAAUUGCGUCUUUUGAAUGAAGAAACGAUUCUUCUCAAAACCCAUUGAACAUGCGCCUUUAAUAUUCCCUGUUUUUACGCUUGUUCCCCAUGACUUCACAUGAGAACGGUGUAGUUUUGGCUCCGCCCCCUUCAUUUUUGGUUUCGCAUUUUCUUCCACUAACAAAAACGCUGUUUCGUAAAUUCCCACGAACGAUUGAAAAUAAACAACUUUCCUUGAAAGCCACUAUUAUUCGAAACAAAAGAAUUUAUGAUCUCGUCUAUCAAAUAGAAAGAAAAAUGAAGAAAGUUAAGGGGACAGAAGACCGAAACAUCACGGAUGCUGACCGACAGUGUCCGCAGAUGACGACAUACCGCGAACGUGUGCAGAACAAACUGUCUCUACAUCCGGUUUGGACUCCUUGAUCUCCAUGAAGCAAUCAAAACUUAGGGCGAAGUGGUCGGGAAGCAGUGGAAAGUGCUGCGGUUCAUCGAGUCGGUCAAGGGAUUCAACGACAUUUUCGUCGUCGAAAACUUUGAAGAAGAAAAACCUCGCUGCGCUCAAAGUCUCUUUUGAGGUUUCUUCAUCACAAAUCACGUCUGCUUUCAGAUCGAGAAAAAAAAUGACCCUGUUCCGAUGCUCCAAUUUGAACUUUUUAUUUUACUUAAAGUGGAGCAAUCGAAAAAAUGCAAGCAGUUCUGCAAGUAGAAACACAUUUGUUAACCUGCUUCUUAAUAUUGAACUCAGAGUUCUCGGAAAAGGAAAUGAAGGCGAUUAUAACUGGAUCACUAUUAGUCUUUGUGGCAAAAAUCUUCGAGUUUGUUGUUUUUUUUUUUAUUCUUCUAUAGUCUGUGUAACACGACUUGGAAUUUCACGGAACGACAUUCCGCUGUGCCGCUGCGCGCCUUUGCGGACCUUGGUCGCUUUUAUUAAGGUACUUUACUUUCAUGUGCUUCCACAGUAAUAACAAUCAAUUGAAAGCGUGAGCUAGAUCCGAAAGACGCUUCGCGAACGCACGCAGUGGAACAGCGAAAUGUCGUUCCGUGAAAUUUCAAGUCGUGGCACACAGACUAUAGUCUUUUUUGAAAAAUCCAGGCUUUGAGAAAAGCCCAACCAAACGGGAAACUUUCCUUGGCUUGUGGGCUUAGUGUGGCGCAGCAGUGUUUGAAGGGAAUCGAAGAGCUUCACAAGGUUUUUGCCCUCCUGAGUUCGUUUCUGCAAUGAUUUGGAAGAUUGGCUUCAUCCAUCGCAACGUGGCCCCUUCCACAUUUGCCAUAGGAAAGUACGAAGGAGAGCACUCGGCGGCGGAACUUCGCAACGUACGUCUUGGCCUUGUCAGAAUUCGAAUUUUUUUUAAAAGAUCUACGUCCUCGACAUCGGUUUCGCUCACCAAUACGUCAAACCAGAUGGAACUCUGAAGCAACCAUCGCCAAAACCAUGGAAAUACGUCGGCCCGAUAAGGUAAGGCCCCUUGAACCACAUUUGUCACUAUUCUGAACUAGACAGUAGACCCUAUAAGGGACUUCUUUUUACCUCUACAGGCCCUUAUAGAGACUGUUUUCCCCCUAGUCCUUAUAGGGAUCACUCUAAAAGUCCUAAGUACACGGCGUUUUUUUUGACGACGCCCGCCCAUAUUUUCGCGUAAAGUGUAGUGUGUCGUGUGCAUGCACUGCGGCGCUCUCGCACAUGCCGUGUUCAAUGUAAUUUUCGCCAAGUUCAAAAGAAUCACUUUCUUUGAACACGGCACGUGCUUAAAAGAAAUGAAACAGAAAAAUUGCAAAUUUUUCAAAUGGGAGAUCGAUUCGUCUCAUGGCCCAUUGAACAUGCGCCUUUAAUAUCCCUGUUCUUUAAGCGUAUCUCCCAUGACGUCACAUGGGAACAGCGUAAUUUUUGACUCCACUCAUUUCAUUUUUUGGUUCUACCACUAACAAAACACCGUGUAGACACAUGUCGCGGAACGCCUACAUGGGAAACGAGCUCGCUCGGUCCGACGACAUCGAGAUGUGGUACUACAUGACUGUGGAGCUCAUCAAAGGCGGCCUUCCUUGGGCGCAUCUUCGAGUCUUUCCUCUCUUAUGUUCUCUCCAUUGAUAAGUUGAUCUUCAGGAUGCAAAACUUGUUUUCGAAUACCAAAAAGCUUGCCGAAACGGUCUCGCCUUACGAGAGCUUCUUGGAGGUCUGCCAGCUGAGUUUGUGGACAUCAUGAAAGAGGUCAGAAUCUCGUAAUUCUUCUUGAAAGUUUCUUCAGAUCGAUAAACUGUCGUACAAGGACGCGCCCAACUAUACAGAAAUCUACGGGCUCCUCACAAACGCCAUUUUGUUCAGCGGAAAAAGCGUUUGGCAUUGUAAAACAUUUAUUAAAAUAUACUCAUGUAUCCAGGAAUUUCCGUAUGACUGGGAAGCGCAAGAAGUUGAGGAGUUCAAAAACCCGCCAGCAGCAGAAGAGAAAAAAGAGGGUGACGAGAAAAAAUGA